AUGAAGCAUGACAAUGGAGGGAUGGUGGCGGUGGUUCAAGGGUUGGACGACGCGGGGCUGGUCGUCACAUUGAUGGGUCGUCGAACUAACGCAUGCGCCAAAGCUAAUGGUGGCGUCACACAUGCAAAGUCUUCAAUUGAAACACGCGCAGCCAUCCUUCCCACUACCAACACAGCUGCUCAAGUGCUCGACGAUCGUUACACCAGUAGCUACAAAGUGGCACACUGCAAUGUUACUCCGACGUCUCCACCACCUAACUCUUCAGAGUUUCUUAAACAAAGGAAUGAGAUCAACCCGAGAUUAUCAAAUGUGCAGUGUUCUAAAGCAACAGAGGCAUUCGUUAACUCCUUACGAAAAUACCCGAACGUUUCACCAGAAAGACAACAAUCCUCGGAUUUUAUUGAACGUCUCCUAGCCUAUACCCAAGCCAAAAAUUGUGAGUUAAAAAAAAUAUAUGAUUUAUUAGAAACUGGGUCGCGGAAGAACAUUCUUUAAAACGGGAUUGUUCCGGUAAAUUCGGGGCAGGUGGCAACCCAGAGUUUGACCCACCGACGAUAGAUUCGACUUAUUUAAGUUUUACUGUGCAAUAAUAAAUUUCAAUAUUACAGUUUCCAAAAGUUCCUACCAUUCGAAGAUGAUACGGAAGAUGCGCAACAAAAUCGUCACCGAAGCAAAAAAAGAUGGCGUCAAGUCGGUCAAAUCGUCAAAGAGUGUUCAAACGAACACGCGUUUGCGAGUCAGUACGAAAGAGAGGUAGUAAUGACUAUAAGAGAACCGGAGUGAAGAUAACACAUGUCUUAUUGCCGCGACUUUGCCUACGUAAAUUAUAGCUUACUAACUGUCUAGCGAGUUCGCAUGCGCAUGUUAUAGCCUUUUUUUUUCGGAACCUAUUCGAUGCAAAUAAACAAACAUACAAACAAUCAAAUCUUUCCUCUUUAUAAUGUCGUCCGCGUAUGAUAUAGCUACCCGUAGUUGAAAGAAUUUUUAAAGUCUUCCAGUAGUUUCGGAAACUGUACGACGCAACAGUCAUCUAGCUUAUUAUAUUAGAACAAUUAUAAUGCAUUCACAAUGCUAUCCACGUUGUCUCUGGCACUCUGAAACUCGAACCCAUGGUCUUUAGCAAUCCGUAUGACUACUCUAACCACUGAACUACCCACGACCUAACAGGACAGAAAAAAUAUUUUUUUAAAGCAGUUGUUACUUUUUCGAUACUACAGAGCAAAUUUUUAUCAAUGUUCAGGCAAUCCACCCAAAUAGCCGAAUAAAUAUUGGAAACAAAAAAUAUAUUAAUUUCUGUGACACGAUAAGUUAGCGUUAUUAAAAUCCUAUGAUUUUGACCAAUCGUAUCUUUAUCAUAAUCCUACAACAUAUAUUCCAUCAUAA